AUGAGGAAGAAGCAGGGCCAUCCCUGUGCGCAAUCUGCUAGCCACCACGGCCCCAGGUGGCCCAAGUGCCGUCUUCAACACAGGCCGCCCCUGUCAUCGUGUCCCUUGCGUGUUGAUGAAGAAACACGGUACUGUCCUUUGCUGGCGUCGACUGCUCAGCCUCACCCUUGCGCCGUUGCACGUGGAGGCGCGAUGCUUUGUUGUUUACCUUUGCAUCGUCGUUUCGCUCCCGCUUCCCCGCGCCCCUUGGCUACGACGCUGAGACCUCGGAUUGCGUUGAAGCACUACCGGCGUCGUCUGAGCGGGGUGGCGGCAAACGCCCUGCGGGCCCGGCUCUUGGAUGCCCGACUCGUGCAAAGGGGAAGCAGCCCCAGCCGGGACUUCGAAUCCGGCCUUCCUAGCGUCCAAAGGGCUGCAUUUGUUUGUUUGCUGCCGUCGGCCGCAGGCGCGCGGUCUGCCGGCCGCCCGGACGGCGAACCUCUUCAACCCCCCUUUGAGCGCGCGCGACUCGCCAGGCAGUCCUGUUCCAGCAGCUCGGCGAUCCCGCCUGGGUUUGUUGUGGCAUGGGCUGCGCGCUUACGUAGAACGAGCCAGUGUUAG